AUGGCUUCACUCACGACAACCCAGACUGAUGCCAAUACCGCCACCAUCACCGGUGAUACCUUCGUUGCAAAAGCCUCUGAGGGCCUCGCUAAUGCUGAAGCACCUCAAGAUGGUUCUGCAUCACACCAACCCUCGUCAACACACCAGCCUGGCGCUCAGCCCAUGCCCAUGCCCAUGCCCAUGCCGCCCAAGUUUGCAGACAAACACGAGGAACGCGAGUACCUCAAAGGGCGACUGGCUCUCGCCUUCCGACUCUUCGGCAAGUAUGGCUUUGACGAAGGUGUGGCAGGACAUAUCACCCUCCGCGACCCUGUCAACCCUCACACCUUCUGGGUGAACCCCUUUGGCCGCGCCUUUAGCCAAAUGCGCCGCCGCGAUCUCAUCCUCAUUGACCAUGAGGGCAAGGUCAUUGACGGGGGCGAGAACCGCCUUCUUAACACGGCGGCCUAUAUGAUCCACGCGGCUGUACACGAGGUGCGUCCUGACGUGCUCUGCGCAGCUCACAGCCAUAGUCUUUAUGGGCGUACAUUUUGUGCGCUCGGGUUACCAUUGGACAUUACGACACAGGAUAGCUGUGCGUUCUACAACGAUCUCGCAUUAUACCAAUCGUUCCGCGGCGUGGUGCUGGCCAAGGAGGAAGGCCAGAACAUCGCCCAGGCGCUUGGAGCGAAGAAGGCGGCGUUGCUGCAAAACCACGGCCUGCUCACGGUAGGCCGUUCCAUCGAAGAGGCCAUUUACUGGUUCGUCAAACUCGAAAAAUGUUGUCAGACGCAGUUGAUGGCCGAUGCCGCUGCUUUGGGGCGCGGUAUUCAGACGAUCAAGAUUGACGACGAGGACGCCGCCUUUACUUACAAGACGAUCGGGACUCCGCGGGCGGGAUGGUUCAGUGCGCAGCCCAUGUUUGACGUUAUGGCGGAAGAGGUGGGCAACGCCUACUUAAAUUGA